UGGUAAUGCGUGGACCGCGGCAAAUCCUGCGAGCCGAGGUGCGAUUUUGAUCGCAUGGGCAUCAACGAGCAAUGGAUAUCAAGACCCUAGUCUUCAUCGACUUGGAGGCGACCCAUCUGCCCAGUCGAAUUCCGCCGUUCGGUCCGCCGCGGAUCACGGAGAUCGCGUUGCUCGCGUGUCGAACAAAGCACUUCAAACCACCCUUCCGAGUGACUGACCGACUGUCCCUAUGUGUGAAUCCACCGGAAAACAUUCCCGUGGAAACGACGGAUAUAACAGGCCUGAACAAUUACAAUCUCGAGAACCAGCGAGUGUUCGCUGAUCUGGCACCAACAGUAAAAUCGUUUCUGCUCACAUUGGAUCAGCCCAUUUGUCUAGUGGCUCACAACGGGGGCAAUUUCGACUUCCCACUCCUGAAGGCGGAACUCGACGAAGCCGAUGUGUCAUGGGACGAGUUGCAACUUUUCACCUGCGAUAGUCUGGAAGCUUUCCGUUUCAUUCUGCCUAACUUCCCGGGGAGCAUCCAAAAUGACUCAGGAAAUGAAGCCGACGAGCAGAAAGACCCACCGAGAACAUCUGGACCAGUGGAAACAGAAGACGCGGCCUGUACGUCACCGAAGAAUGCAUGUCUUCACGAAACAUCCGACUCGUCCAGCCCAGAGAAUGGUUUGAGGACACCUCCUCGGAGUCAGCAGCCCCCGAAGCCGAACCAUCCUCCUCAAGCCCCGCUCAAGAGGAAAGCCAUUGGAAGAGUUUACGAAACGGGCGCCGACGGACGACGCCAUGAGAAACGCGCCAGCUACAAGUUAUCAUCUAUUUAUGAAAGGUUUUAUCGGGACUGUCCAAUGGUGUGCCAUCACGCUCUGGCGGAUUGCGAGAUGCUGUUUAAGUGCUGCUCAGUUAUUCGGCGUGAGUUGUUCCAGUUCCUCGAGGAGCGGCGAAGUCAUUUCAAUGUUGUGAUCCCGAUGUGGUCUCAGAAAAGUCGUCAGAGUACCAUGACGACGCGGUCCGGUAAAAUUCUGGCCACGCCUACGAGGAAAGUUCCUACGAUAAAUCCUACGACUCCGGUGAAAACUGAUCGGCGGAGAAGGGUUCGACGACUGCUGCAAGACGGAGACGAGGAAAUGUCGAAAGGAAGGAAUGCUCAAGAUAACGAAGGCCUCCAGCUCCUGGAGGCGACGGAGAGUAUGGUUCUCUAGGACUCUGGGAAACAGCGGGGCUGGCCGGUCGAUAUCCGAGGAGAUCAGGAAUUCGUCUCAUGGGGGGGGGACGAAAGUGCAUCGUGAGAACUGAAGACAUGACUCGGGCAAGAGCAUCGCGAAGAAACCAUUUUGUGUUCGAAAAGCCCUGUUGAAAGUUGUUACUGUAAGAAAGUAGUUUCCUACCGCCUCUCCCGCCAUUUAGAACCCUCGUGCCUUGACGGAAAGUGAAACUUCCGAAAUCCGCCAGUAGUUGACCCUGUCGUGGGUUAUG